GGAGAGGUGGAAUAUUUCAUUUGAGUUGGCCCUCAGUCAGAACCAGAUAGGACAUGUCCGAUACGCUUGAGUGUGCCUCUUUCCAAACAUGACGCCUGCUUUCGUAACAUAGUGACAUCUAAGGCCCCCUCUAUUAAAGAGUAACGCACUAUGUGUGCGGGUGUCUGAACAUUUGGUUUGUCGAUUACAGCAGUAAUGAAGCCUAAGGUCAAUCCUCAUUUGGACUUUUGAUCUGAUCUGCCUCUCUAAAAACCCUCAGCGUGAGCCCCUCUGAAGCCACACGGAUCCCAGACGCCCCUCAGCACCGCAGCCAUGACCACUUUCGAUGACAUCCUGGAGGAGGCCGGGAAGUUCGGGAGGAGCCAGAAGCGAGUCUUCGCGCUGCUGUGCCUGGUGUCCAUGCCCUGGGCCGGGGUGUACGUGGGCAUCGUCUUCCAGGGCUUCACCCCGGAGCACUGGUGCCGGGACCCGGCGGUGAGCGAGCUGAGGGAGAGCUGUGGCUGGGGCCCGCUGGAUGCCCGCAGGCACACGGUGCCCCUGGUGAACACCUCAGCAGGCAUGGCGCACAGCCAGUGCGAGAGGUACGACGUGGACUGGAACUCCACCGGCCUCACCUGCGAGAACCCUGCCGCCAACUUCAGCGGCGCCGCCCGCAGCAGCGUCCCCAUGACCGCCUGCAAGGACGGCUGGGAGUACGACUACGAGGGAAGGGUGUCCUUCGUGACGGAGUUUGACUUGGUUUGUGCCGAUGCCUGGUUGGUGGACAUGUUCCAAGCCACACUUAAUGUGGGUUUCCUGGUGGGUAGCAUCGCCAUUGGAUACCUGGCUGAUAGAUUUGGUCGGAAAAUGAGCUUCCUGAUGUCCAACGUUUUGAAUGGGAUAGCAGGAAUUCUUGUGGCUGUGGCUCCAAACUACACUGCCCUGCUGGUGUUCAGAAUGCUCUACGGCUUUGGAGUCAAGGGUGGCUGGGUGGCCGGCUAUGUUCUGAUCACAGAGCUGGUGGGUGUGGAAUAUAGGAGGACAGUGGGGGUCAUCUACCAGAUGUUCUUCAGCGUCGGGAUCCUCAUUCUGCCCCUGAUCGCUUACUUUAUCCCAGACUGGCGCUGGCUGCAGGUGGUCAUCACAGUUCCUUACAUCUGCUUCCUUGCUUAUUACUGGUUCAUCCCAGAGUCUCCAAGAUGGCUGCUCUCUCAGAACAACUCCAGCAAAGCAGUGGAAAUCACUGAGGCAAUUGCGAAAGAGAAUGGGAAUACGCUCUCCAAAAACAUUGAGACACUCAAAGAUGACACAGCAGAGUCAUCAACUGCCUCUUUCCUUGACUUGAUCAGAACUCCAAAUAUGAGGAAACACACAUUCAUCCUCAUGUUCAACUGGUUCACCAGCGCUGUGGUCUACCAAGGCCUGAUCAUGCGCCUCGGGAUUCUGGGAGGAAACGUCUACAUCGACUUCCUCAUUUCCGGGCUGGUGGAGUUUCCCGCCGCUUUCCUCAUCCUCUUUACCAUCGAGCGCAUUGGGCGCCGUGUCCCGUUCGCCACGGCCAACAUUGUGUCUGGUGCAGCCUGCUUUAUCACUGCUUUCAUACCAGAGAGUAUGUUCUGGGUGAAAACGGUUGUGGCCUGUGUGGGUCGUCUGGGUAUCACUAUGGCCUUUGAAAUGGUGGUGUUUGUGAACACAGAGCUGUACCCAACCUUCGUCAGGAACCUGGGUGUGUCUGUGUGCUCCACACUGUGUGAUGUUGGGGGAAUUGUUGCACCAUUCCUACUCUACCGGCUGGCCGUCAUCUGGCUGGAGCUGCCACUUAUCAUUUUCGGGGUGCUUGCUUUUGUUGCCGGCGCGUUGGUCCUGAUGCUGCCAGAGACCAAAGGCGUGCCGCUACCUGAGACGAUCGAUGACAUCGAGUUCCCAGACAGGUACAAAGAAAGCCCCCUGAAGAAUCAACAGCUGAUGAAUCUGUUGCCUUCAGAUGUAACCACCAACAAGGAAUCCAUGACUGUAUGAUCCCUGUUAAGACCAGCUUUGGUUCAGUUCAAACUGGACGAUGUUUGCACACUGAGUAUGAAGUAGUAAAUGGCCUUUUAUCAAUACCUUCAUUGCAAUUGAUAAUGGUGAUGGAUAAUAAUCUUAUGUGUACAUUUUGCUUAUUAUUUAUUGGAAAUUUCCUUUUUGGAUAAUUUCCUGGGUGGCAGUGUAGCAUAGUGGUUAAG